CAAUUCAUUGCAGAAAAUGGCAAAUGGAAGAUGUUUCACGUUGGCAGUAAUUCAUCUUGCCAUCAGCAUAUCCGAAGCCACUACAAUGUAUACAAGAAAAAGUGUGCAGAAUUGGGGAUACACGAGAACCAUCAUGCACUUCCACAAGCAUUGGUACAAGCCCAGGAAGAAGCAAAG